GAUUUCUGUACGGAGUAUCAGAGAAGGCUUUCUUGAUGAAGAACACUAGUCUAUACCUUGUCCACGCGUUGGGUUUGACAUUCCCCGGGAGUGUUAAAAUGAAAUCUCAGAUCGCUUGGAUACUAACUGUUAGGUUACUAUUCGCUUUUAAUCCGGUUUGCGAGAGAAUAAUGGGGUUCACAUUUCUUUACAAAGUAUUCAAACGUUACUAUUUGAUUAAGGUUUUUUAGAGUCCCUUUCGCAUGCUUUUCUUGAUUUCUUGUUGGCUGACUGCAAUGCAAAAUGAUGUUGGACACAGCUUCACAUGUAAAAUUCAAGUGUUGAAUAUCAUUGUAAACUGUAAAAGUUAUUUAAAAUUAUUGUUUAGAACGUGAAAAAAGUAUUUGUUUAUAUAUAAAAACUGUGCAGCAAAGUAUUAAUUCUUAAAUACUUGAUUAAGUUUUUUCUUGGAAUCCCUUCGGCAUGCGUUUCCCUGAUCUCCUUGUUGGCUCACUGCAGUGGAAAUGAUGUGGGAUAAUCUAAUUUGUAUAUAUAUUUGGCCUUUGAUCUUCUUCAUCUUCCAUCAUCUCGCUUCUUCUCUGCACUUCUAAGCAAUUCAUUACAGCAAUGAGCAUUUAUUUCAAUCUUUCCCUGCUUUUCCCUCUCCAACCACCAAAUUCUACGGCGGAGAUCGGACCAAUGAGCCACCCAAUCCUCUCAACUCUUCAAUACUGGCUAGUCAGCCACCCCAAAAUCCUUCACUUCUCAUGGAACCCUGGUCAGACCACCGCCUCCACCCCGCUCUUCCUGACCCUCGCCCUCCUAACUUACCUCUCACUCACACUCCUCCUCCCUCGAAUCCAUCUCCCUUCCCUUGAUCCUCACAUCCUCAAACCAAUCACAGCCGUCCAUUCCCUCACUCUCUUCCUCCUCUCCUUCGUCAUGUGCCUCGGCUGCACCCUCUCCAUCAUGACCACCCAUGAACCUCGCCACACCAUAUGCUUCCCUCACCGUACUCUUCCCACUGGGCCCCUCUUCUUCUGGGCCUACAUCUUCUACCUCUCGAAGAUUCUAGAAUUCGUCGACACACUCCUCAUCAUCCUCGCCAAGUCUUCUCGGCGCCUGACAUUCCUCCACGUGUACCACCACGCGACUGUGCUGGUCAUGAGCUAUUUUUGGUUACAAACGUCACAGUCGUUGUUCCCUGUCGGUAUUGUCACGAAUUCAUUGGUCCACGUGUUCAUGUACUGUUACUAUCUAUUGUCCGCCAUGGGCGUGAGGCCUAAGUGGAAGCGAUUGGUGACUGAUUGCCAGAUUGUGCAGUUCGUGUUCGGGUUUGCCAUUUCGGGUCUGAUGUUGUAUUACCAUUUUACUGGGUUGGGUUGCUCCGGAAUGUUGGGUUGGGGAUUCAGUACUGUUUUUGGUGCCUCGCUUUUGCUUCUUUUUGUUGACUUUCAUAGCAAGACGUACGCCAAAAGAAGAGCGGGAGACAAAGAUAAACGGUUGUGAUAUUUUUCUUUCCUUUUUUUGGUCGAUCAAUGCGACGGUUGUGAUUGAUUGAAAAUGUAAUAAAUCCUGAGUUUUUAUCGGGAUUAAAAUGAAGGAAAAUGAUAAAGAUCCAGCAACAUCCGUUUCAAAAACAUCACACCAGUGUAUGAUACUCAUUUAUUGGGUGCGAUAAUAUUGUUAUGAUGUCAUCAUAUCCAAUUCACUCUUGUGAUGCUUUUGGAAUGAAU